AUGGCCGAGUUGUAUGAGGGCCUCGAGAAGGUGCCCACCUACUACGACAGGCGGACGUGUACAUCUCUGGAGGACUGGCAGGAGGCCGUGCGGACUUCUCGCACAGUCUAUGUCGGCAAUUUGAAUUACUUCACUACAGAGGAAGAGUUGUAUGAGCUCGUCAGCCAUGCGGGUUCUGUUGACCGAAUUGUGAUGGGCCUCAAUAGGCUCACCAGGGCACCGUGCGGCUUCGCCUUCGUCAUAUUUCGUUCUCCCAAAGAGGCCAAAGUGGCUGUGCAGAUUCUCUCGGGGGCUCAGUGCGACGGCCGUGUCAUUCGCGUUGACCCCGACAGCGGCAGAGAUGUAGACGGAGACAGAAAAUACGGAAGAGGCACCACAGGCCGUCAGUGGAGAGAUGAAUGGCGCGACUUCUAUGACCCCGGCAGAGGGGGGCAGGGGGGUGAGCUAGGCAAGCGGGCGAGAGAAGAGAUGGAGGCUUGUCUGAUGGCUUCGGCGAUGCCCCCAGCAGACCCUCGUGCCUACCCCCGCAACGUUCGUCACAGGGGGUGGGUACCAGGGGGGCCCCCGGGGCCCCCACCUCCAGUACCCUUCGGGCCCCCAGGGGGGCCCAGAAGGGGGCCUGACGCAUACUUUGGGGGGCCCCCCCCAAUAGACGACAGACGGUAUACACACGAAAACCCGUUUGCAUAUAACCGCAAAUACGGCCGCGGUCGACGCAGUUGA